AUGAGGUUCCUAACGGGACUGCUCGUGUUGGGCAUGUCCCUUUGGACAACCCAAGCUUAUGAGAUUGGACUGAGCGAGAAGGAAGGCUAUCAAGAAUACUGUACCGGCAUGUACAGCAAAACCUCAUGGGGUGGGCCCGUUGACCCAUUCAUCCUCGUCAAGUUCCUCAACACCAGCAACUCCGAUGUAAAGGAUCCGAUUGCGAGCCUGGUGAUAUUUGAGUGGAAGGACCGAAACCUCGUUGGAAUCCCCGAUCCGAAUACUCCCGGCAACCGACUUGGCGUCUGUGGUGACGAUUUCGUCAAGCAAGGUUACUGUAACAAGACCGAUAUUGGCAAAUUCAUCCUGCAUCCCGACGUCCACAAGAAGUCUUCGAGCGUGGUCCUCACAAAGGCUGUCCACCUCAACGAUGCGGCUCCAAUCAAUUAUGCUAUCAAGAAGACCGGAUACUACUGCGUUCUUACAGAUGUGGUAAACACAAAGAAGUACGACCUAGUAGUCGAAUAUCGCAACGCUUAUGGCGAGCUAGAGGCAACCCAGAUUCCUAAGUUGCCCUUCUAUGGUGGCAUGAGUAUUUUGUAUGCUCUCCUUGCUGCCUACUGGGGUUUCUUGUACUAUCAGCACAGGCAUGACAUAUUGGCUGUGCAAAACUACAUCACGGCCAUUCUCGUUUUCUUAGUGGUGGAAAUGCUCAUAACAUGGGGUUUCUAUGAAUACCAGAACCGCCAUGGCUCCAAUGUUGGCUCGAAGGUUUUCCUUACCAUUGUUGGAAUUCUUAACGCUGGCCGAAACUCAUUCUCGUUCUUCUUGCUGCUUAUUGUCUGCAUGGGCUAUGGUGUUGUGAAGCACACCCUCGGUAGGACCAUGAUUAGGGUGCGAUGGCUUGCAGCGGCUCAUUUCCUGUUUGGACUGGUCUACUCACUGACUUUCCUCUCCAUCACCCCUGAGACAGCUGGCCCAUUUGUGCUUCUUAUCGUCCUACCCCUGGCGGGCACAUUGACUGCCUUCUAUGUCUGGACACUCAACUCACUCAACUGGACACUCAAGGAUCUCCGCGAGCGAAAGCAGCACGCAAAGGAAGCCAUGUACCGAAAGCUCUGGUGGGCCAUCCUCAUCAGUGUCAUGGUCAUCUUUGGUUUCUUCUUCUUCAACAGCUUCACCUUUGCCUCAGCCAGCGAUCCCGACUUUGUUCCUUUCCACUGGAAAACACGAUGGUUCAUCCUCGAUGGCUGGUUGAACGUUGUCUACUUUGCUGACGUCGCAUGGAUCGCCUACCUUUGGCGCCCUACUUCCAACAACCGCCGCUUUGCCAUGAGUGAUGAGAUUGCUCAAGAUGACGAUGGCAACUUUGACCUUGGCGAUAUCGGUGUUCCAGGAGAAGACUCGGAUGACGAGGACGUCGAAGUGGGCAAGACUCGCAACGACUCAAGCAACGCCAAUGUCCUCUCCUUUUCAAGUGCGUCGCAGAGCAGCGCUCAGCCACCCAGAAACAAUACUCGUACCGCUCCUCGUGAGUCACUGGAGAAUGAGACCAUUUUUGCUAUAGGCGAGGAUGGCGACAAGUUUUCAGACGAUGGAAGUGACGAGGAGGACGCAAAGCUUGUGAAAACGAAGUAA